AUGAGGACUCAUACUGGCGAAAGACCACACAUUUGUGAAAUAUGCGGCAAAAGUUUCGUUCACUUGUCCGCAUUGAAAAGGCAUAUGAAGACUCAUACUGGCGAAAAAUCACACAUUUGUGAAAUAUGCGGCAAAAGUUUCAUUCAAUCAUCCGAUUUGGGAAAGCAUAGGAUGACUCAUACUGGCGAAAAACCAUACAUUUGUGAAAUAUGCGGCAAAAGUUUCAUUCAAUCAUCCAAUUUGGGAAAGCAUAGGAGGACUCACACUGGUAAAAAACCAUACAUUUGUGAAAUAUGCGGCAAUAGUUUUCCUCGAUUAGACAGUAUGAAAAUCCACAUGAGGACUCAUACUGGCGACAAAACAUAUAUUUGUGAAAUAUGCGGCAGAAGUUUCAUUCAAUCAUCUUCAUUGAAAAGGCAUGUGAGGACUCAUACUGGCGAAAGGCCAUACAUUUGUAAAAUAUGCAAGAGAAGUUUCACACGCAAAAUUAAUUUACAAACACACAAACAGAAACAUUUGAAAGAAACAUAG